AUGAGGAGGUUGGAGAUGCUAAGAGUUGAUGUGAUCUGCUUUAUGGAAACUAGGGUUAAAAAUGCUAAUUUUUCUAUGAUUAUUGCUCUUUUGGCUGUUGAAUGGAAUUGUGCUACUAACUAUGAUUUUUCUAAUGGGGGUAGACUCUGGGUGCUAUGGAAAAAAGACUUACCCUUCACUGUUUUAAAGAGUUCUGAUCAAGCUCUAUCAAUUGUAGGGGAUGUGGCUAGUCAUAGUUUGGUUAUUACUACUGUCUAUGGCAGUAAUAGUGGUCUUGAUAGAAGGGAUCUAUGGGAACAUCUGAAGACUUUAAAAGCUGACAUUGGUCAUUCUUCUUGGAUAAUUGGGGGGGGGGACUUCAAUAUCAUUUCCAAUGCCCAGGAGAGUUCUGACUUUGGCAAUUUGGGAUUGCACAGUACCCCUGAUAUGGAGGAUUUUAAGAGCUGCUUGGUGGAUUUAGAGUUGCUAGACCACCAUUUUUCUGGUCCACUAUACACUUGGUCUAAUAAACAGGAUGACUUAUUUUUGGCUCAUAAGCUAGAUAAAAUUUUAAUUAAUUCUCAAUGGUUGCUGGAAUUUCCUGAUUCUGCUGUGGAAUUUCAAGCACAGGGGGUCUCUGAUCAUUGCCCUGUGAUCAUUUGGACUCAGAAAAGUGCUCAAGUUCAUAGGCCUAAGCCUUUUAAGUUUUUCAAUUGUUGGACUGCUCAUGAGGGAUUUCUAAGAGUUGUAAAUGAUUCAUGGCAAGAACAGAGCGUUGGCAAUGCUAUGCAGGUUCUGUUCAACAAAAUGAAAAUGCUUAAGCCUUUGUUGAGGGAGAGACUUUCGGAGGAGAAGAGAAUCCAGGCAGAUUUAAUUGUUUUAGAAGCUGCUGAAUCUGAUUUCUACAAGCAAAAGGCUAAAGCUCAUUGGCUUCAAGAAGGUGACCUGAACACCAGAUUUUUUCACCAGCGAGUUGAAGCAAAUAAGAAGAUGAAUACUAUCAGAAUUAUCAAAGAUGAGUAUGGGGUAUUUUAUGAAUCAUUUGAUGAUAUGGCUUCUGAACUUGUUAAGUUCUAUAAGAACCUUAUUGGCACUGCUGAUCCAUUAGUCAAGGGUUGCCCUGUUGAGAGUUUAAAACUUUUGCUGAAAUUUUCCUUACCUGAUGGAGCUGCUGAUUCCCUUGUUGGUAGAGUUACUGAUAAAGAGAUUAAGGAAGCUCUCUUUAGGCAAGUAUCUUGGGAGAUUGUCAGCAAGGACUUUCUUGAAGCUAUAAGAUGGAUUAAAGCAUGUGUUACUACCCCUAGGUACUCUAUUGCUCUAAAUGGUACCUUGGUUGGGUACUUUGAGGGUGCUAGGGGGUCAGGGGUUGUUAGCAUUUUAGAGAAAUUUUAUGAACUUUCUGGCAUUAGACUGAAUGCUAUGAAAUCUGAACUUUUUGCUUGUGGACUGCCUAUGAAUAUUUUGGAGCAGAUUCAGUAUGCUACUAAUUUUAAAAUUGGCCAGCUUCCAGUUAGAUAUUUGGGAGUGCCUUUGGUCACUCGUAAGCUUUCUAGUAACGAUUGCUCAGCUCUUCUUGUUAGAAUCAAAAACAGGAUUGAUCAAUGGGCUAGUAGGAAGCUCAGUUUUGGGGGUAGACUACAGCUUGUAAAAUCAGUUCUGUUCAACAUUUUUGGUUACUGUAGUAGGCAAAUUGUUCUGCCCAAGGGUGUUAUUAGUGAUAUUGAAAAACUAUGCAUGCGGUUUUUCUGGAAGGGAUGUGAUAUCCCAGCUCGUGGUGCUCGAGUGAGCUGGAACCAGAUUUGUGCCUUAAAAUCUGAGGGUGAAUUGAGUUUAAGGAAGAUAUCAGAUUGGAGUAAAGCUUGUUGUCUUAUGCUGGUCAAAAACAUUUUAGCAGAUGAGGGUUCUCUGUGGAUAUCCUGGAUAAAAGUUUACUGUUUUAAAUCUGUGGACUAUUGGAAUGUUAAUUCAAAACCUCAUUUCAGCUGGAUUUUGAAGUUGAGGGAUAAGGCUAGGAGUCUGUUCAACCCAGUUGCUAUCUGGCCACAGAUCAAAGGCAGUUGGAUUUGGAAUAACAUUCGUGCUAGAAUAGACAAAGUUGGUGGCAUAAGCUCAUAUGGAAACGAUAAUGUUUGUGGAUUGUGUUAUGGUAACUUGAAAUCUCGUAACCAUCUGUUUUUCGAAUGCUCGUUCGCAAGUGAGAUUUGGAAUGCUAUUUUGCGAGAAUGUGACCUUCAGCCUCAGGCACUUAAUAGCUGGGAUGAGGCCCUGUGCUGGUUGACUUCGACUAUGAAGGGUAAGUCCCUUCUUGUUCACAUCCUUAAGCUGGCGUGA